AUGGAAAAAAUAUAUGAUACAAAUUUUGAUGAAAUUCUUUUUUUAAAAAAUAAUAAUAAUUAUAUUUUUUUAAAUGGUAAUCAGUUGGAUUAUGAUUAUAAAACUAUUGUAGAAAAUAUUAAUAAGUCACUAGAGAAAUAUAAUCAACAACCUAUAUGUGGGCAUACUGAAGAAAUCAAUCUUUUUAGAUAUUUAUAUACAUUAUUUGCUUCAUUUAUUUCUGGAAUAGGUUUAUUAUUAAAUAUUUUAAUGUUAUGGAUAUUUAUAAAAAAACUUAAUGACAAUAAAGAUCGUCCAUAUUUUUAUUCAACAUUCUUAGCUAUAUUAGAUUGUUCUAUAUGUAUUUUAUUUAUACUUAUUUUUGGUGUUGAUGUAUUUGCUGGUUUUAAUAGAAUUGAAAGUUUAUUUAUAAUUUAUCAUGAUUAUAUUAUUAUUGUUUUUAUAAUAUCAAAAAUAACACAACUUUGUAUUCCAUAUAUAUUAAUUUUAAGUACAUUUGAAAGGUAUGCUGUUAUUACAAAAAAAUGGAGUAAUUCUACUUUUUUUACAAUAAAAGCUAGAAUAUUAACCUUAUUAACAUGUAUUUUAUUUUGUAUAUUAUUAAAAAUUCCAUCAGCAUUUUCAAUAAUAAUUGAAGAGUAUCCAAAUUGUCCAAAUCCAUUUAGAAAAUUAGCUGUUGAUUUGUCAGAAUUUGCUAAGGAAAAUAUAUGGUAUUCUUUUUAUGAUUUUCAAAUAAUGUGUUUAAUACAACAAGUUAUUCCAUUUAUAACAAUUAUAGUAUUUAAUUUAUUAAUUGUCCAACAACUUUCAAUAAAUAAAAAAAAACAAAAAUCUCAAACAAUUACAGAGACAUCUUGUAGAGCAAAUAAUGUAAUGGGAUUUGCUUUAUCACAUCUUCAAGUUCUUCAUUAUCAAAAUGAUUAUCAGUUAAGUCAAAAAAUUGAAAAUGCUGUCUAUUCAACAUUAGCUAUUUGUUUUAGUUAUUUGAUUUGUAAUGGUGCUCAUUUAAUAUUAACAAUACUAGAAAGGACUAAUUCUACUUUAUUAAUUGAUAAGGAUGAUGAAACAAAAGCAUCCUUAUUUUAUACAACUUUUGGUGAUGCUGUUAGUUUUAUGUAUAUGUUUACUAGUGCCAUAAGAUUUGUCAUAUAUUAUAAAUAUAAUAAUGAUAUUAAAGAUGAAAUAAUAUAUAUUUUUACAAUAUUUAAAGAAAAUGAAACAAUUGAAAAACAUUUAUUUCCAGAAAAUGUUUAA